CUGUAGAUUGCCUGUUAUAAGUAUACACCGAAAUUCAGCGUCAAAUCCUUGUAUUCUGCGUGCUGACAGGACGCACGACACGUUCCUGUACUUUGCACACUAGAUAUCUUGUCUAGGUCUAACCACCAUUCAAGUAGGUCUGUUAGCAAGUACACCCAAUUUUCGCAUACAAUUCCUACGUGCCUUCAUUAGGAUUGUUCUGCACUUGGGAGGCUGGUGAAGUGCACUAAAAAUGGCAUCUGAGUUCAAGGGCAUAAGCGAAAAAUUUCGCAUGAGCCUUGUCAACCAUGAUGGUCAUACAGACCGGGUCGUGGUCCAGAUAGGGCUGGAUGGGCUGAAGCUGCUGAACGCCUCUGACAACCGAACCAUGCGCUCUUACGACCUCAGCGACAUUUGCCGAUGGCAGUCACGCGGAGGCAGCCUUAUACUUUACACGCGCACCUCGGUUGACGUGGAGGAACGCCAAACAACGCUGACGGCAGAUGACAACACCGUCCGGAAUGCGCUGGACACGCUCACCUGCUGCUGCAUGCAGCUGGCGGAACUGUUGCAGAGCAGGCAGACGGAUACCGCCCGGGAGACUGCCAACAACCUGCAUGCGCUGGUUGUAGGCGGAGGCAAGAAGAAGACACCGCUCCCCUCCGCGGACGAGGUUGAGUACUGGCGUUCCCCCGAAAAGGCCGGCUGGCUACAAUCCCAAGGCGAGCACAUCAAGAACUGGCGCAACCGCUGGUUCGUUCUCAAACAGGGCUACCUCUUCCGCUUCUACAACGACAAGGUCAGCGAGUCGGUCAAACCGCGUGGCGUGGUGGACCUAAGCAAAAUCCAAGACGUGAAGGUCCUGCCCGGCCGGGCCAACACCAUUCAGCUGAAGACCAGCACGGGCGGCGCGGUUUGCUACAUUGCGGGUACGGAAACUGAAGUGGUGGAGUGGGUGUCGGCAAUCGAGGGUGCCAUGCAGAAGAUACACAGACACGUGGCGGGUGUGGAAGACGAACCGGCGCCAAGCCGGGCCGCGAAGGCCAAGCCCCAGGCUGCUGCGAGCAACCCGGCGGAGUGGCUGCGGCAGCUGGAAAGGAACUUUGAGAGCAAGGGAAGCGGAAGCAGCGGGCAGGGUGCGGGUGGACAGACCCGUGGGUCAUCCUCGUCGGCUGCUCGUAACCUGGGAAGCACCCUGGUUAGCGUGGUGGGCUACGAUGAUGGAGCUCUUGCCAGCAGCAGCAGUGGCGGUGGCAUGGGAGGUGGUGGAGGGGGCGCUUACCGUGAUAACUCGCCAUACGCUUCGCUCAAUCGGGCGUACAGCGGCGCUUACGCACCCGUACAAGGUGCUGCGGGUAUUGCGGGCGCACAGCCCCUAGCCAGCGACCUGGACCUCAACUAUGGUGGUGGUGGCGGCGGCGGUAACGGCAAUGGCGGUAACGGUGCUCUGACCCAGCAGUACGGCUACGGCCAGCAGCAGCAGCAGCAGCCUCCUGCACGGCAGGCGUACGGCAUGGCGGCCCCGCAACCGCAGCAGCCCCAGCAGCAAGCAGCUCCUGUUAAUGGCGGAGGGAUGCCGUACGGACAGUACGGACAGCCAACGUACGGUGCCUACCCGCAGCAGCAGCCUCCGCAGCAGCAGCCGCAACAGCAAGCGCCGGUGGUUUCGCUGAUGGACCAAGUGCCCCAGCAGCAGCCGGCCUACCCCGCAUACUACCAGCAACCGGGGGUGGUGCAGCAGCCGCAACCGCAACCGCAGCAGCCCAUGCCGCAGGCCGCUGCCCCGGUGGUUCCCGGCGGCUGGCAGGUCCACUACACGGCAGAGGGACGGCCGUACUACUACAACGGGGGCACGGGGGUGACGCAGUGGGAGCCGCCGGCGGGGUUUGCUUGAGGGGGGAGGAGGCGAGGGGGGGGGUGUUGUGUGGGAUGAAGAGAGGACCGCUUGGGGAUGCCGUUAGUAGGAGCUGGGAUGGGAUGCUGGUGGGGGGAUUCCGGCGCGGGUAGAUGUGUAGAUGUGAAGGAGCAGGUUGUGCUGGUGGGGUCUGGACCAGUGCAUUACGGCUUUACGGGGUUCGGAGUGUACGGCGGUAGGUGCUGAGCGGAGCGGUUUGGGCCGCUGUGCUUAACUUGUUAUAGCAGUUAUGGCUCUUUAGACGUAUGACACAGGAUGAUGAACUUCGGAUGUAUACCUCCUGGAUCUCCUUUGGAAUGCAGCGCUUUCUCGGGGCAUGGGGGAGGGUGCUGAGCCUGUGGCACGGCGACGGCGGGGUCUGGCAUGUUGCAUGGCGUGCGGAACUGUGCCGCUGCCUGGUUGAGUUGCGUUGGGUGCCGUUACGUAUGGGCCCGUUCGAGUGUUGUUGUGAGUGCAUUCGGUUGUCUUUGUCAUACUAAGAUCGUUGUCAGAUGUUCAACAACUCGGAAAAGCCUUGCAUGCAUCAACUGUAACUGUAAAGGCAAUAAGUAA